AUGGCUGCCAGCCUAUAACUCCAGAAGGCCAAGAAAGAUAAACAAGCUUUAAAGAGAAUCAAUAUCAGCCAUUUUUCUAAUGACCUGGUUACUCAAGUAUCAGUCAAAGUGGCCAGCUUCAGUAUGGAAGACAUAAUCAAAGAUGUGAAUAGUUCAAAUCCAAUAUGCCAGCUUUGGUCUACGCUAAUCAAUAGUAUCAACAUGGGAAGUUGUCACCCAGCCUCUCUCCUCUCCGGCUGGGUUCUGUCCUACCUGACUGUAUGCUGCAAAGAGUAAAUCCAUCUUGUGGUGACCACAGGGUUCCUGCCCAGGCUCAGAGAGCUCGUGACCAGCUCAGAACUCAAUGACUUGACCCCUUCUCUCAGCACUAUGGGUGGCCUUGUGACUGGGGCAGAUAAACAGACCCAGAUGGCCACCAAUGUUGGCAUGCUGAAGGUACUGGGCAGGCCCCUGAAACACCCAGUGUUCUCUCUUCAGAAGGAUGCUGCCUGGGCCAUGAACAACAUAGCUGCUGGUCCCAGACACCAUAUCUAUCCGUUGAUUAUAUGUGAUCUGCUGCCUCCAUUGGUAGCCCUACUACAGAAUGUAAGUGGCAAACAGAAUUUAAAGUCCAAAGGAACCUGCAUGGCUAAUUUUGUAACAGGGGAUUCUCAGUGCAAGCUGACCAUUCUUGUCCACUCAGGAAUCUUGGAGCCGCUGCUGAAUCUGCUCACUGCCCCAGACAUGGAGGUCCUCCUCCUCCUCCUUGACAUAGUUUCUCAUUCCCUUCAUGAGAAUUAUUAUGAUCGGGCAGUCCCCAGCUGA